AUGCGGAAUUCGUCGAGCGAGGUUGAGACCAAACGGGAUUUCAGCGUCGCAUUCGACCAGACGAUCCACGCGACGACGUGCGACACGAGCGGCCAGUCGGCGCACGGCUUCGCGGACGACCCGCGUGCGUCGCUGAGCGUGCCGGAGUACCUUGACGGCGCCGUUAUGGCGGUCCUCACGGAGGGGCUGGAGGAUCUGUGCCGCCAGCGCCCAGCGAACCCGGUUGACCACCUCGCCUUCUUUCUGCUGCGGCGCUCGCAGAGUAACGCCGCUAUAGAGGUGGCGCCACAAGACGCGGUGCCGAUGGAGCCGUUGAAGACGCGGCCCUAA